AUGCAGCCGCGGCCGACGCUGCAGGCCGUGCUGCUGGCUGCGCUGCUGGCGGGGCUGCGGGGCGCGACGGGUCGCCUGCUGAGCGGGCAGCCUGUCUGCCGGGGAGGGACACAGAGGCCUUGUUAUAAAGUCAUUUACUUCCACGAUGCUUCUCGAAGACUGAACUUUGAAGAAGCCAAAGAAUCCUGCAGGAGGGACGGGGGACAGCUAGUCAGCAUCGAGUCUGAAGAUGAACAGAGACUGAUAGAAAAGUUCAUUGAAAACCUCUUGGCAUCUGAUGGUGAUUUCUGGAUUGGGCUCAGGAGGCGUGAGGAGAAACAAAGCAAUAGCACAGCCUGCCAGGACCUUUACACUUGGACCGAUGGCAGCACAUCAAACUUUAGGAACUGGUAUGUGGACGAGCCUUCCUGUGGCAGCGAGGUCUGCGUGGUCAUGUACCAUCAGCCAUCAGCACCUGCCGGCAUCGGCGGCCCCUACAUGUUCCAGUGGAAUGAUGACCGCUGCAACAUGAAGAACAAUUUCAUUUGCAAAUAUUCUGAUGAGAAACCAACAGCUCCUUCUACCCGGCCUGGAGGUGAAUGGACAGAGCCAGCAACACCCAUGCUUCCAGAAGAAACACAGGAAGAAGAGGCCAAAGAAACAUUUAAAGAAAAUAAAGAAGGUGCCUUGAAUCUUGCCUACAUCCUAAUUCCCAGCAUUCCCCUUCUUCUCCUGGUGGUCAUCACAGUUGUAUGUUGGGUUUGGAUCUGCAGAAGGAGAAAACGGGACCAGCCAGACCCUAGCACAAAGGAGCAACACACCAUCUGGCCCUCUCCUCACCAAGGGAACAGCCCGGACCUAGAGGUUUACAAUGUCAUAAGAAAACAAAGUGAAGCUGACUUAGCUGAGACCCGGCCAGACCUGAAGAAUAUCUCAUUCCGGGUGUGUUCGGGAGAAGCCACCCCUGAUGACAUGUCUUGUGAUUAUGACAACAUGGCUGUGAACCCAUCAGAAAGUGGGUUUGUGACUCUGGCAAGCGUGGAGAGUGGAUUUGUGACCAAUGACAUUUAUGAGUUCUCCCCUGAACGAAUAGGAAGGAGCAAAGAGUCUGGGUGGGUGGAAAAUGAAAUAUAUGGCUAUUAGGAUGCAUGAAAAAACUUGAACUGAUGAAAAUGAGAAAGAAACAAAAAGCAAAAUUCUCCUAUUUUCUAUAUGGAAAAUACUCAGAAGGUCUAUGAAAAUGCUCAAAUCAGGUCCUGUGGGUGGGCAUGGGAUCCCCAGUAAACCCUGUUGGAUCCCCAAGUUUUUGCUGUAUCCUUUAUCCCAGACUCCCACCCAGCUCGACCUUGUGAGAGAGCACCCUGCCCAAGGACUGGCACAUAGUAAAGUCUCAAUCAAUGUCAGCUGACUGGUUAUAUUUGACUUUCAAGGGACAGUGCUUUAACUGGCAGGGAUAAGGGUUGUGGCUGUGGAGCAUGGAAAACCUACUUUUAGGCUUUGUUUUCCUUGCCUCCGUACAGCAGCACACGUAAUCACAAAGGGACAGAAAAUACAGAAUUUUUUCAAAGUUCACAUAUGGUGGCACCAGCUGGCCUGCACAGCAGCAAUUCUCAAAUCUGUUUUUUUCAAAGAAUAAAAUCAAAUAAAAAGCAGGAAGCAGAA